GGAGUCAGCUGGUAGUGAGGAAAUACAAUGGCAAACGGUCGAAUUAAGAAAGUGCGGUGGAAAAAACGUGUAUCACAAAAUAUAUUGCACCAAAAUGGAGCAAUUCCCAGCAGAUAUUCACAGGUUUUGUGACCCUCAGUUGCCACAUGGGCGAAGAAAAGAGCUGGUUCAGUUACUGAGGAACAUCGAUGAAAUGACUUGCCAAAAGUUGCAAAUAUUAUUUUCGUUUUCUGUUCCAAAUCAAGAAGCAUUAACCUUUGUUGCAGAUUUAAAGCAACCUGUGGUUUCUGCUGGCGCUGGAACAGGAUACUGGGAAUAUUUGCUUCAGUGCAACGGAGUAGACGUGAUAUCUUUUGACACAAAUGAAGUUUAUCCGUCAGAAAUGCGAUAUUCAGAGAUUUUGACUAGUGGGCCUGAAAUCCUGGAACAGUUUCCUGACAGAGUUCUUGUUCUGGCCUGGCCGGACACAGAUGAAUCGUCAACGUUUUCUCUCGAUUGCCUGAGGCAUUUCAGAGGGGAUACCAUCCUUCAUAUAGGCGAGUUACUGGGUGAAACACUAUCAGCCAAUCAGUGGGGACAGUCAUCAUCUCGUGAUUUCCAGCUGACACUUGCAGAAGAUUUCUGCUGUUUGAGCAGAAUUAAACUUCCAAACUGGCCAGGCCACUUAGACUCCUUAACCAUGUGGAAAAGAAAGAGCACUCAACCAGUUAUGUGUGAUGGAGCACAUUUUCAUUAUGUGAACACUAAGUGUAGAGUGUAUUUAUAAUUAAUCUGAAUCAGAUUCAUAUGGUAAAUGCUGCCUUUUUUGAUUUUUUAGUAUGCAGUCUCUCAUGCAUUUUGAAAACAUAAAUUGUUUGCAAACUAUCAGUGUGUUAGAAGAUUAAAGUGUUGAUAU